UCCCACUCAGAGCUCACAAAAGAGACAGCCUGCUUCCUAGUUUCUCGUCGCCGGCAAGUCUAAAACGAUCGAAAAUUAGGAGAAGAAAAUGGCUGGUGGGGAGCUCAAGUACGACAUGUCGCAGAAUGCCUACAUAAAGCUGGUGCUACACGCGCUCAAGCACAGGUCCUCAGCCGUUAACGGCGUCUUACUUGGUCGAUCCAACGACGACGUCGUCGAGAUUGCCGACUCUGUCCCUCUUUUUCACAACCACCUCGGCCUACUCCCUCCUCUCGAGAUCUCCCUUAUCAUGAUAGAAGAGUACUAUAUUGCUCAAGGUCUGGGUAUAGUGGGUUACUUCCAUGCAAACGAGAGGUUCGAUGAUGCCGAGCUUGAUAAUGUGGCCAAGAAUAUUGGGGAUCACAUUUAUCGCUACUUCCCUCAAGCUGCCAUUCUCUUGUUAGAUAACAAAAAGAUUGAAGCAUUACCAAAGGGGAAGGACCGGAGCCCUGUUAUGCAGCUUUAUACAAGGGAUGCAUCGAAGAACUGGAAGCUUGCUGGAUCUGAUGGAGGCAGCAGGUUGAUACUUAAGGAGCCAGCAGCAAAUAUUGUGUUGUUGGAUUUUAUUUCAUCCCAGAAGUGGCAGGAUGUGGUAGAUUUUGAUGAUCACCUUGAUGACAUUACCAAGGACUGGCUCAAUCCAGAUCUCUUCAAGUAGUCCGGCCCUUGGAUGUGUCAGUGGUUGCUGUUGCUUCAGGGGCAUCUCGUUAACCUUGAUGUACGACGCAGGAACUUGAUGGAGCAGACAUGGAUAGGCAGUAGGCUUUGUGGUUUCUUUUUCAUGGCGAAAUUUUGUAGUAAUGUUAAAUUUUUAAGGUUCUCAGACAAGCAACUCAAUGUCUUCUUUUGAGGAAACACCUUUAUUGAAAUUAUGACUUUAAAAGUGAAAUGACAUGCCAUGUUCAAAUAUAA